GACUGUCCCUUUUGGACCGAAGAUGGUAUGUGCCUGUUGCGUGACUGCAGCAUCUGUGAAUGCCCAGAAAAUGAAUUUCCAGAACCUUUUAAGAGGCCCUUGCUCCAGGGCCUUGCACCUGAUAGUUUUGUGUGUCAAGAGGGAAAGCAGCAGGGGACUGUUGACCAUACGCUAGACAAUAGAGCUUUCAGAGGCUGGGUUGAGACAGAUAAUCCUUGGACAAAUGAUGAUGAGACUGAUAAUGGUGAGAUGACAUAUGUGAACCUUCUAUUGAACCCUGAACGUUACACUGGCAAUGCUGGUCCAUCACCAAGAAGGAUAUGGGAUGCUGUGUAUUCUGAAAAUUGCCCGAAAUAUUCAUCUCAGGACAUUUGCCAGGAGAAAAAAGUAUUAUACAAAUUAAUCUGGUCUUCACUCCUCAAUUUCGAUCCACAUAGCUGCUGAUUAUCUUCUUGAUAAGACUACUAAUCUGGUUCUCCUUCUGCCUCAUAUCAUGUGACUAUUU